CAUCAAACAAAAACAAAAAGGUCUCUUGCCAGAAGAAGACAUUCUCAAUAACUUCCUCUUCUUCUUGGCAAGCCCGAAAAAAAACUAGAAAAAACACUAAAACAGCUUCUUCUCAUUCUGCAGAGCAAUGGUGUUCUACACCAAGAUGAUCUUUGCCGUGUUGUUUCUCUGCUUCUCGGCCACCUGUGUCAUUGCAGGGGACCCUACUCUCGAGUUCGAAUGGAAGGUCACUUAUGGUACCAUUGCACCUCUUGGCGUCCCACAACAGGGCAUUCUUAUCAAUGGUCAGUUCCCUGGACCAGCCAUCAAUUGUACCUCUAACAACAACAUCGUCGUUAAUGUCUUCAAUCAGCUCGACGAGCCUUUCCUCCUCACUUGGGCGGGUAUCCAACAGAGGAAGAAUUCUUGGCAGGAUGGCACUCCCGGUGCUAUGUGCCCCAUCCUCCCUGGAAAGAACUACACCUAUCGCUUCCAGGUCAAGGACCAGAUCGGAACCUACUUCUACUUCCCUACCACCGCUCUCCACAGGGCCUCUGGUGGUAUCGGUAUGCUCAAGGUCCACAGCCGACCCCUUAUCCCCAUCCCCUAUGACAAUCCCGCCGAGGAGUAUCCUGUUCUUCUUGGGGAUUGGUACAACAAGGGCCACAAGACCCUAAAGAGCAUUCUUGAUUCUGGUCGCUCCAUCGGCAGGCCUGAUGGCAUCCAAAUUAAUGGCCAAUCCAGCAAGGUCGGCGACGCCAAUGCUAAGCCCCUUUUCACUUUUGAGGCUGGCAAGACUUAUAAAUUGAGGGUUUGCAACGUCGGUCUCAGGCUCUCCGUCAACUUCAGAGUCCAGGGCCAUACCCUGAAGGUGGUCGAAGUGGAGGGAUCCCACAACGUACAGAAUCUCUACGACUCUCUGGACCUUCAUGUUGGGCAAUGCAUGUCCGUGCUGGUCACAGCUGACCAAACCCCCAAGGACUACUACUUCGUGGCGUCCAGCAGGUUCGCCCAGCAUCCUCUCUCAACUGUGGCCGUCAUUCGUUAUGUUAACGGAAAUGGGGCUGCAUCACCUGAGCUCCCACCACCACCUCCCGAGAACACCAAGGGCAUUGCCUGGUCCAUCAGCCAAUUCCGCUCCUUCAGGUGGAACCUCACAUCCAAUGCUGCACGUCCCAACCCACAAGGCUCCUACAAGUACGGCAAGAUCAACAUCACCCGCACCAUCAAGAUUGCUAACUCUCGCUCUUCCUCCAAUGGCAAGCUCAGAUUUGGCAUCAACGGUGUGUCACAUGUGGACGCAGAGACCCCAUUGAAGUUGGCAGAAUACUACGGUGUGGCUGACAAAGUAUUCACUUACAAUCUGAUGAAGGACGAGCCUCAAGAGGGUGACAAAGUGGAAGUGGCCCCCAACGUGGUGAAUGGAACAUACAGAAACUUUGUGGAGAUCAUCUUUGAGAACCACGAGAAGACCAUCCAAACCUGGCACUUGGAUGGAUUCUCCUUCUUUGCAGUCGCGAUAGAGCCCGGGAGGUGGAGCCCUGAGAAGAGGAAGAACUACAACUUGUUGGAUGCAUUGAGCAGGAACACCAUUCAGGUGUACCCCAACUCAUGGGCGGCGGUGAUGACCACAUUGGACAAUGCGGGUAUGUGGAACUUGAGGUCGGAGAUGCGCGAGAGAGCAUAUCUCGGACAGCAGCUCUACCUGAGCGUAGUCUCUGAAGCACGCUCAUUGAGGGAUGAGUACUCACUGCCUGAAACUCAAGAGCUCUGCGGUAUCGUUAAGUCUCUGCCGAAGCCUGCUCCAUACACUUGAAGAAGAAGAAGAAGAAGCUAAGACCUGAUUAGUCUAUAUCUAUAUAUAAAAAUCUAUCUAUUUAUAUCUUUUUUUCUAUAAAAAAGCCAAUCCCUAAAACCAAAAUUCUUUCU